UGAGCCAAGGAUUACUGACUGCACCUUGUUUCUAUGUGGAUAUUAAUAAUUGAUUAGUGCAUAGUCCAAUAGGCUAGUAACAAAAGAACUGGUAACUUUGGGCUUCUACCUUUUCCAUAGUGAGGCCCAGGAGCCAGGAGGGGCUACAGGAUACUGGCAAAAAUGAAGAGGGCCUUGGUUCUCCUGCUUGCUGUAGCAUUUGGGAAUGCUUUAGAGAGAGGUCGAGAUUAUGAAAAGGAUAAAGUCUGCAAAGAGCUUGCCGUGCUGGGGAAAGAGGACUUUCGAUCUCUAGCUCUAGUCCUGUACAGCAGGAAGUUCUCCAGUGGCACGUUCGAACAGGUCAGCCAGCUCGUGAACCAGGUGGUCUCCUUGACGGCAGAGUGUUGUGCCCCGGGAGCCGACCCCGACUGCUACGACACCAGGACCUCAGAGCUGUCCGUGAAGUCCUGCGAAAGCGACUCCCCUUUCCCAGUGCACGCAGGGACUCCUGAGUGCUGCUCCAAAGAGGGCCUGGAGAGGAAGCUCUGCAUGGCUGCCCUGAGCCACCAGCCGCAGGAGUUUCCCAGCUACGUGGAGCCAACCAACGAGGAAGUCUGUGAGGCCUUCAGGAAAGACCCCAAGGCAUUUGCUGACCAAUUUUUGUAUGAAUAUUCUAGUAGUUACGGGCAGGCUCCUCUGCCACUUUUAGUCGGUUAUACCAAGAGUUAUCUGUCCAUGGUAGGGUCCUGCUGUACCUCGGCAAACCCCACUGUGUGCUUUCUGAGAGAGAGACUCCAGAUUAAACAAUUAUCACUUCUUACCACUAUGUCCAAUCGAGUCUGUUCACAAUAUGCUGCUUAUGGAAAGGAGAAAUCAAGGCUCAGUCACCUCAUAAAACUGGCGCAGAAAGCACCGACUGCUGAACUAGAGCAUGUUUGGCCGCUAGCUGAAGAUGCCACAGAGAUCCUCGCAGGAUGCUGUCAGUCCACCGCGGAGGACUGCAUGGCUAGAGAGCUGUCUGAAUAUACAGUGAAAACCUGUGACAACUUAACCUCAAUGAAUUCUAAGAUUAAGGAAUGCUGCCAAGAAAAGACACCCAUGGACAUUUUUGUGUGCAUUUACUUCAUGCCCGCUCUCCAACCAACCCAACAGUUAGCUGCUGAGCUGCCCAUAACUCAAGACCUGUGUGACCAAGGAAACACCAAAGCCGCCGCUCGGUAUGCGUUUGAGCUAAAUAAAAGGACUCGUAUUCCCGAAGUGUUCCUCAGCAAACUACUUGAGCCAACCCUGAAAGGCCUCAGGAAGUGCUGCGACUUUCAAGACCCCACCGCCUGCUUUAAUGAUAAGAACCCUCAGAUGACAACGGUACUAAAUUCUUUCCUUGGAAAGGUACAUGAACUGUGUGCUGAUUAUUCAGAAAACACAUUUACGGAGUACAAGAAAAAACUGGCAGAGCGGCUAAGAGCCAAACAUCCCGACGCUGCGUCCAGCGAGCUGGAAGCGCUGGUUGACAGGAACUCCGACUUGGCCUCCAAGUGCUGCUCCAUGAACUCGCCUCCCCUCUACUGUGGCUCCGCGAUUGAUAACGAAAUGCAAGACGUCCUGCAAUUCUGAGGUGUAUACUAUCUUUGACUUGGAUCUGGAACCAUCCCAGGGAACUACAUCCAAUAGCCAAAACUAAGCAGAACCAUGAAGCUUCCAGAAGGACUACCUUGAUACCCCCCUACCACGCCUACCUACAACAUCUUCAUUCAAUGAUUAA